UCUAGCAAUCUUAGCUAAGCUCAGGACUGUUCAAGAUUUUGGGGCUGGGAUUGGCAAACUCACUUUUCUGGCCCCCUCGAUCAUUCCCUGGAGUCUAGGCCAAACUUACAGAUGGCAUCUCCAGUCUAGAGGGAAGACCUUUUCCCCUAGUGUCCUGGAGGCAGUUCUGCUGGUAGUUGCUAACCCUCAUUGUAUUGCCUGUGAGGUAUCAGGUCUCCUUCCUGGUAUGCCUCACAUUCCUGCAGUAUCUGCGGAGAAAAUGAACCUGAAAACCUGGUCCUGGGAGCAAGCUUAGUGGUGCCCAUUGCCACGGAGAAAGCAGGCAAAAGAAAAAAGAAGAUACUGCCAAUGUUGUGGCAAACUUGGACGCCGACCCAGAUUUACGGGCAAGAUCAAACCUAAGUUCCCCGGAGAGCGAAGGAGACGAUCAGAGCCACACCAUGGCCCAGGUAUCCCGAACCGAUUAUCAGUACCGCAAGAUCUACAGGUAUGAAGCCCCAUGGACUGUGUAUGCCAUGAAUUGGAGCGUACGGGCCGACCAGCCCUUCCGCUUGGCUCUGGGAAGUUUUAUGGAAGAAUACGGUAACAAGGUACAACUCGUGAGCCUGGCCUCUGACUGGGUUGACACCCACGGGGACUUUAUAUGUGGCCACACUCUGAACCACCCGUAUCCCGCUACCAAGGUUAUGUGGAUCCCUGACCCUCAGGGUAUUCGUCCAGACCUACUAGCCACUAGCGGCGACUACCUACGGGUGUGGCGCUGCCCAAGUGCCACUGAGGUGCUUCCUGCCACGGGUAGAGCGAGGGGAACUAUCCAUGGCGCCCAGGCAGCAGGGGGCAGUGUUUUCCAAGGGCGCGGGCGUGGCCGAGGGCGCGGUCGCGGUCGCGGGCGCGGUUUCACUGUUGCCGAGGCUGCUUCCACAGUUGGGGCAGCCGCUGAUUUGGAACCCCGCCUCGAAUGCCUCCUUAAUCACAACAAGAAUACCCGCUUCUGCUCUCCCCUCACCUCUUUUGAUUGGAACGAGACAGACCCCUCCCUUCUGGCCACGUCAAGCAGCGACACGACUUGCACCAUCUGGGCCCUGGAGACCCGCCAGAUAGUGGGCCGAGUGUCCGGGCAUGGGAAGUCGCAGAUUGUUAACCAUGACAAAGAGGUCUAUGACGUUGCCUUCGGAGGGGGCCGAGAUGUGUUCGCUUCGGUGGGUGCUGAUGGCUCCUUGCGUAUGUUUGACCUGCGCCAGCUGGACCGCAACACCGUGGUGUAUGAGGAACCCCAGCGCCUGCCACUGCUGCGCCUUGCCUGGAACAAAAAAGACCUUAACUACGUAGCCACCGCAGCCAUGAAUUCCACUGAGGUAGUCAUUCUCGACCUGCGUAUGCCUGGCCAGCCUGUGGUCCACCUCAACCGCCACGGAGCCUGCGUCAACGGGAUUACCUGGGCGCCUCACUCUUCGGGCCACAUCUGCACUGCUGCCGACGACCACCGCGCUCUCAUCUGGGACUUUCAGCAGAACCCCCCAGCUGCUGAGGACCCCAUUCUGACCUACACCGCCAAUGGGGAGAUUAACAACGUGCAGUGGGCCUCCGCCAAUCACCCUGACUGGAUUGCCAUCUGCUACAAAAACUUUCUGGAACUGCUCCGGGUCUAAGGCCUUGGCCAGGCCCAGAGAGCUCUGCUCAGGCCCCAGUCAAAACACUGGAAGAAGUUAAGAAAGGAAAAGCGACCAGUUGUUGCAGCAUUAUUGACCCUCUUUAUAUGGUUCAUCAGUUAAGAGUUCAUCAACCCUUCCUAGAAAAUCCCCAAGAAGUUAAGACUGUUAAGACUUUGCUUUUGCCAGAGAAUUUCCAAGAUGCUCUGAUUAUUAAGACUUUUGCCAGAACAUUCCUGAGCCCCCACCACCGUUAAGAACUUUUUCUUGGGCUGGAUUCCUCCUCCUGCAAGGAUGCCGAUUUGACCAGAGGGGCCACCACCAGCUGUUCCCUCUCUCUUCUUCAGUUACUAUUAAACCAAAUUUGGCCCUAA